AAGUUGUCAUCCUGACGCUGUCAAUUUUGUAUAUAAACAGAAAGGUGGUGGUGGUGCACGUUUACUUUCAUUCGAAGCUUUUUGCGGCAUCAUGAGUGACGAUGAGGAGUAUGAAGAGAAGGAAUAUUUAGUUUAUUUAGAUUUUGAGUCGUAUGUUGGGCCCGAGGAGCUGGAAAGUCCGAACUUGGACUUCAAAAUAAUCGGGGUUGAUUCGAACCACCCAAUCGUGCAGGUGAACGGGAAGCUGUUUCGAGGUUCCUACGACUUCACCAUCGGCACCAAUGUCUUCUUCGAAGAGGAACCAAAUCCGCCAGCUGUCGACCCGCUCUACGAUAUCACACCGAAUCAGUUCUACAAAGUUUUCGCAAAAACCCAGAAAGUAUUGAAAAUGGAGCGGAUUUUCGUGGAGAAAUGGCGCAAUAGAGGCGAAACAAGUGACUGCGAUAUAAUUGCUGAACUAAAGAUUCGUAAACAGCCCAACAUGUCCUACUCUGAAUCGCUGAAUCUACUCCUUAAGCCCGGCGCGGUGCCUCCACGCGUUAUUCCUAAUGAGAAUAUACCCCUGACGCCGUUUGUUGCAGAAGACCUUCCUGAUAGGAGAGCAGAUGAUUAUAUUCCUGACAGGGGAGCAACAGCUAGCGACGUUCCAAUGGAGGAAGCUGAAGAUAGACAAGUUUCAUAAUUGUUUAGUGGAAAAGAUCAUCUUUAGUGUUUAAGUUAACUUUUGAAUAAACGAUACGUUAUGGUUAUCACUUGACUGAGUCA